AAGUGAAGGAGGCAAGGUGGAGAAAAGGGGAGGUCAAGGAUUAGAAUGAGAGAGGGAGAGGAGAAAGAAAAAUGGGCAAUUGCGGCACGAGAGAGGACUCUGCUGUAGCUGCUGCUCAUGCUCAAGUUCAACAGCUCCACAUGUUCCCUGUUAGUGUAAAGAGCACUCCUUCAGAGAAGAAGCAUAACCGAACUUUUUCCGAUGUAAGCGAUUCUGCGAUCCGUUACAACAUUGAAGACUCGAGGAAUAUUGCAAUAUACACAAAUGUGAUUGCUUUCACUUUGUUUGAGCUCGAGACAAUCACAAAGAGUUUCCGUUCGGAUUAUGUUCUUGGUGAAGGGGGAUUUGGUACUGUGUAUAAAGGUUACAUUGAUGAAAAUGUGAGGGUUGGCCUCAAAUCUCUUCCUGUGGCUGUAAAAGUACUGAAUAAGGAUGGUCUUCAAGGGCACAGAGAAUGGCUGACAGAGGUUAAUUUUCUUGGACAGUUAAGGCACCCGAAUCUUGUGAAGUUGAUUGGCUAUUGCUGUGAAGACGACCACAGGCUGCUAGUCUACGAGUUCAUGUUCCGUGGUAGCCUGGAGAACCACUUAUUUAGAAAGACCGCUGCUCCAUUAUCAUGGGCAACAAGGAUGAUGAUUGCUCUAGGUGCUGCUAAAGGGCUAGCGUUCCUUCACAAUGCAGAAAGGCCUGUUAUUUACCGAGAUUUUAAGACCUCGAAUAUCUUGCUGGACUCUGAUUAUACAGCAAAGCUUUCUGAUUUUGGACUUGCAAAAGCUGGACCUGAGGGUGACGAGACCCAUGUAUCCACACGUGUGAUGGGCACCUAUGGAUAUGCUGCACCCGAAUAUGUAAUGACCGGUCACUUGACUGCUAGAAGUGACGUGUACAGCUUCGGUGUCGUCCUUCUCGAACUCCUAACAGGUCGAAAAUCAGUGGACAAAACCCGACCGGGAAAAGAGAUAAGCUUAGUUGACUGGGCUCGACCAAAGCUUAACGACAAGAGAAAGCUACUCCAACUGAUCGAUCCAAGGCUAGAAGAGCAGUACUCAGUGAGAGCAGCACAAAAAGCCUGCAGCCUUGCCUACUACUGCCUAAGCCAAAACCCAAAGGCAAGGCCACUCAUGAGUGACGUUGUUGAGACUCUCGAACCUUUACAAUGCUGCAAAAAUGAACCUAAUGAGGGCUCAAUGCUGGCUCUACCAAACCCUAGAAUUCAUCAUCGAAGAUUUCCGGGAAAUGGGAUGGGAUGCAGGUCAAGCCCUAGCUCAAGUUGCUCACCUGGUCCUGUUCCUGCUUGUAGGGUGAGGUGAUGAUUAUAUUCAAAACCUUUGGAUGGUCUGUUAUGUAAAUGGAUGAUCAAGUGUGCUUGUGUAGUGGGUUUUGUUUUUAAUCAAACCCUAGGCCUUGUUGUAAAUGAGAUAGAGCACCUGAUGCUUGUUUGCUUUGGUAAUCUUUUGAGUUGUAUUAACAAUUUAACAUGAAGCAAACCUUGCCAAAUGGGCUGGGCAGUACUCAGAUUGAAAUAUGUUUCUUAUGAAAUGGAACUGAUGCUCUAUAUUUCA